AACAUUCAAAUAGUGAGAAAAUUAAUUUUGUAGAUGCUUAUAAUGAACUUAAGCAAUACUAUUUAGGAAGUAAAAUUAAACAAAAAUUAACAGAAAAUGAUAAAAGUAUUACAAAAGUUUAUUUUGAUUUGAUGAAAGAAAUUCACAACAAAUUAAUAUCAACCAUUGGAAAAUACAUUUCAGAAACACCAAAAGAAGAGCUAGAUGAAGAUAACCCUUUAUAUUCAGGUAUAAUUGAUUUAGAAAAUAUCAAAAGUCAAAAACCUUGCUUAUUCCAAAAAAUUUCUAAUCUUAACGAGUGGAAACAGCUUAAUGAAAUUGGAUUACCCAAACAAAAAAUUCCAUUUAAUCAACAAAAUAUUAAAGCUUGGCUUAAGAAAAAUGAAAAUAAAGUAGAGAGAAAUGGCAAACAAUUA